CCAACACACCUGGCCCAGUAUAUCCUCUGCACACACACACACCGACUUCCCUUCACAUACACACCCACAGGGGAUAAUGAAAUGGCAUGUGUGCAGGCUGGAUGCCUCUACAGCAGCUUCCCCACAACUCCCUAUGUGGAGACAAGACCUACGUGCCUGACUCAGUGUGGGGUUCUUUUGCUUAUUUUCUGCUCUACGGGGUAAAGAUACCACUGAAAAUGUCAGAAGGCCUGCAUAAGACCCAGUGGGUAAGACCCAGAUUUUUUCAAAAUCUGAAAAACCAAAAUCUGAAACACUUCUAGCCCCUGACACAUUUCAGGUAAGGAAUACUCAGCCUGUACAGCUGACGCUUGGAACCUGUCGGGUUGGUUCCAGGACCCCCUGCAGGUACCCAAAUCCACAGAUGCGCAAGUCCCUUGUGUGAAAUUGCAUAUAUUCAAUAUGUAUUUGCAUAUAACCAAUGUGCAUCCUCCCAUGUACUUCAUCUGUAGAUGAAUCACAGUACCCAACACAAUGCACAUGCUUUUGUAAGCAAUUGUUGUACUGUGUUGUUUAGGGAAUAAUGGCAAGAAAAAGUGCGUACAUGUUCAGUACGGAUGCAAUUUUUUCCCCAAAGAUUUCCAAUUUGGUUGGUUAAAUCCACAAAUGCGGAACCCAUGGAUAUGGAGGGCCAAGUCUAAGAGAUCAAAUAGCAACUAGAAAAUCCUGUGUUCCACUGUCUCAUUCAUGAAAGGGGAUGUGGAAUUAAUUUUAGAAAUAUAAAAAUAUUCCAGUGGUGCGUGCCUUUCUUGACAUUCAACACAGUGCCGAAGUCACCCUCUGCGAGCCUCCCGCCUCUUGUGUUGGUGGACUAGAAGGAGGAAGGCCAGCUUUCCUGUAGCAAAGGAGACUAAGAAUAGGGUGAGCUCACUGAAAGCAGAAUCCUAAAGCUAGAAGAGGUUUCGGAGGUAACAUACUCAUUCCUGCUUUUUACAAAGGAGAGAAGAGUCUCCGGGAGGCUGGAGCGCUGGGCUUAGCUGGUAGGCAAACAGAGCUGACUUCCCAUCAAGUGAACAGCUCACAGGCCCUUUGAGGUUGCUGGCGCUCUCACGGGGCAGUCUUGUUCCAAGAUUUCUUAUAAAUGCGUUGAUAUUUUAUUGUUCAUGAAUUAUGGCUCGUUACUGCUUAUUUACUUCACCAUAACCACGAUAAUGAUGCUCCUCUUUUUGUUUCCCUUAUUCCUAGUGUUUGGGAUGGGACCUUCAGUGCUUUUCCCAGCACUGUCUUCAGUCUUUAGGACUAACCUUAAGAGGCAGCAGAGAGAGCUAUGCCAAAGAACUUGGGAAUCAGUGAAACGUACGACCAGGAAAGAACAGAGUGCUGAUGGUGUAGCGGUCAUCCCUGUCCUACAGAGAACACUUCACUACGAGUGUAUCGUUCUGGUGAAACAGUUCCGACCACCCAUGGGCGGCUACUGCAUAGAGUUCCCUGCAGGUCUCAUAGAUGAUGGUGAAACCCCAGAAGCAGCUGCUCUUCGGGAGCUUGAGGAAGAAACUGGCUACAAAGGGGACGUUGCCGAAUGUUCUCCAGCUGUCUGUAUGGACCCAGGCUUGACAAACUGUACCACACACAUUGUAACAGUAACCAUUAACGGAGAUGAUGCCGAAAACCUAAGGCCCAAGCCAAAGCCAGGGGAUGGAGAGUUUGUGGAAGUCAUUUCUUUACCCAAGAAUGAUCUACUGCAGAGACUUGAUGCUCUGGUAGCUGAAGAACACGUUACAGUGGAUGCCAGAGUCUAUUCCUACGCUCUAGCGCUGAAACAUGCAAAUGCAAAGCCAUUUGAAGUGCCUUUCCUGAAAUUUUAAGGCCAAAGAUGACGCUGGCCAUUUUUGUAAACGAGACCACCAGGCCUUCUUCACUAAGACUUUGUCUUCAACUUAGCUUAAUGUAGACUUGAAAUUAGCUUUUUCAUAAAAUAAAAGGAGCACAGAA